AUGGUAUCUUCUUCUUCUAAGAAAAAAAUGAGAAACUUUUUUGAAGAAGAGAUUCCAUGUUGUGAGGUUUCAUUUUGGAUAUCACUUGUGAUGAGCCUUGGUUUAUUGCUGUUUGCUGCCACCACAUCAGGACUUGCUCUAGGGCUCUUGUCCUUCAGUCAAGUUGAUCUCGAGGUCUUUACUAAAGCUGGUCAACCUAUCAUACAAAAACAUGCAGGGAAGAUUAUACCCAUUGUUAAGAAUGAGCAUUUAGUUCUAUGUACCCUCCUCCUGGCUAAAACAUUUGCCCUAGAGGGGGUGUCUAUUUUCAUGGAGAAAAUGUUUCCCGAGUGGCUUGCUAUUAUUUUCUCAUGCACACUUUUGGGGUUCAUUGCAGAGAUUAUCCCACAAGCCUUAUGUUCUCGAUAUGGACUAAGUGUUGGAGCAACACUAUCUCCUUUUGUUCGAGCACUUUUGCUAGUUUUAUUUCCCCUUGCAUAUCCAAUUAGUAAGGUUUUGGAUUGGCUGCUUGGUAAGGGUCAUACUGCACUUUUAGGGCGAGCAGAACUGAAGACUUUAGUGAAUUUACAUGCCACUGAGGCAGGGAAAGGUGGAGAAUUGUCACGCUAUGAAACUUCAAUAAUUGCUGGAGCUUUGGACUUAACAGUCAAGACAGCCAAAGAUGCAAUGACACCUAUAAGUGAAACAUUCUCUCUUGAUAUAAAUUCCAAACUUGACAUGUAUACGAUGGGCUUGAUAAUGAGCAAAGGUCACAGUCGUGUGCCGAUCUAUUCUGGUAUUCCAACAGAUAUUAUUGGUCUUAUUUUGGUAAAAAAUUUAAUCUUCUGUCGUCCUGAAGAUGAAACUCCCAUUAAAUACCUUACUGUUAGAAGAAUUCCAAGAGUAGGUGAAGAUUGGCCGCUUUAUGAUAUACUGACUCAAUUCCAGAAGGGUCAAAGCCAUAUGGCUGUAGUCGUGAAAAACAAGGACACAAGAACAACUUCCAUUGUUGAAGAAGGAGUUGGUCCUUCAUCAAUUGUGAAGCGGGAUUAUGUGAGCAUCUCCACAGACUGGAAUUCACUAGAAACUGAAUAUUAUAGCGCGACACUGAAGAAUAUGAUGGACCAUGAGGGCGGUUCAGAUCCACUACAUAAGAAAUUAAAAGAAAUCCAUGAAAUUGAUUCACCAGAGAAUUCUGAUUCUCUUCAAAGUAAUGAGCAAGUGAUUGGUAUCAUAACUUUGGAAGAUAUUAUGGAGGAGCUUCUUCAGGAAGAUAUAUUGGAUGAAACUGAUCUAUAUGUUGACGUCCACCAAAAUAUUCGGAUUAAUCUAAACCAUUCAAGAAGAGCAUCUUCAUCAUCAAGGUCGAGGUCGUUUCAAAGGCUUUCAACUUCUCGUCACCAAUGGAAAAUUUCCAACUCGCCAUCAUCUCGAAUUUCCUUCUUUAGUCCUUCAGAUAUUUUACCCAUUUCUCCACCUAGACGAAGCUAA